AUGCCAAGAGGAACAAAUAAGAAAAUGCUUCUACUCAACAAAAUAACACUAGCAGCUAUAACAAUAGUAACAAUCAUAAUUCAGACACAGGCAUCAUUCAGUGGUUCAGGUGGAAUGUUGGUUCGUGGAGGAUGGAAUCAGAAUCAACAGAUACGUCAAUCAUUUCAACCCUGGCAACGACAAAGACAACAUUACCAACAACCAUCGCAGUGGAGGAACGCCCCAUACCCACAGCAACAAACACGCUGGAAUAAUGAUAACUCAAACUCGAACUCAAAUUCAAAUUCAGGGGGUUACGUCUUCAGACGACCACAACCCAAUCCGUUUUAUCAACAGUUACCACAACCACUACCGCAACCGAAGCCGCAGCCAAACCCAUUCUAUCAAAUUCCCCAACCACAGCCACCAACGUACGUCCAACCCGACCCUGAUGCAUUUUACAACCAAAAUCAACCACCCACAGUCUAUGUUCGACCACCACAACCAUUACCAACUGUAGUUCAACCACCACCGGUUCCUGUUGUACCGUUUCAACCACCACCGAUUCAGAAUCCAUACGUCCCCAUUCCCGACUAUGGUGUUGAACCGGAUCCAGUUAUUGAAAUUAUCAAGCCCAAGGAAGAGGAUCCACCAGUAGUCAUCGUGAACCCUCCAACUCUUGGUACACCGGACAUAAUUGAGAGUCCAAGUCCGAUUAUUCCAGAAACUUUUCGACCGAUUAAUAUCAUCGACAGCUACCCUGAAAGCAAACCAGAUCCAGCUCCGAACCCUAUUCCAAUCGUUACCGACCCACCUAUUCCAGAAACAGAAGUAAACCCAAUAUUGAUUGACAAUGGGUACUAUCCCACAACCACGCCAGAGCCUACCACCACCAUUGAUAUAAAUGAUAUACCAAACCGUGGUGAUUCUCCAUACUCUCGUAACAGGGGCGGAAACGGUGGUACCGACGACGGCCUCGGUACAAGUUUGGACGACCUUGAAACCGGAUUCAUAGUAAAUGAACCACAGUCCUUGGUUGGAUCAAGCCCUAACCCAUCAACAGGAACAACCAAUGAAAUCGCAUCAAACAAUCCCGAUACUCCCCCAGUACUUGGACAAGAUCCUGAAUUAGAUCAGCAGAUCCUGGCAGAUGUCUUUGGAUCCUUGCUUAACAAUUUGCAACAAGAUUCGAAACCUACUACAUCUACACCAAGUCCUGAAGUGAGAGAAUUCAUUGACUCUUUAUACAGCAACGGCAAUCCUUUUGCAAUGAUGAAUACUGUCAAUGACAACAUGGGUCCAAACGAUCAGAUGACCCGGAACACUUUAAAUAGUAAUGCAGCUGCAAGAGAAAAUGUUGGUGCACAAGGAUUCGCCAACCGGCCAUCUGGAAAGCAGUAUACUGGUACCAAUCCUUUUCUAAGGUAAAGAUCGUAAGUUCUGAAGAAUCCAUGGACAUCCCAUGUAUUGGAUUCCGAAAGCUUGGUAACUCAGCGCGUGUAGAAACUUUUCAUGGAGAAUACACUGAAGAUGUACACCGUGAACUGUUUGAAUGGAUUUUAUGUCCUAGCAUCCAGUGAGUUGUUUGUGUGGAGAGCUGAUAGCGAAUAAUUCUGUGAUAUUGUAAACUUGAGCCCUAAGAGCAUAAUAACGAUCUUUUAUGGAUCAUCGUUUUGCUUAUUAUUCCCAUAACAGUCCCAGAAUCUGGUGUUGUUAAACCAGUCGUUAUUAUCGGACUGUCGUAAUGUCAUAUUAUAAAUACGUUAUGUAAUGACUCAAUAUUAUUUAUAAUGAUUUUAAACGCCUUAGCCUAAUUUAUAAUUUUGUUUAUGUCUAAUCAUCGAUAUCUGAUUAAUUUUGAGGUGUAAAUGUUUUAUAUUUUUAUAUGUUAUCUUUCGUAAUAAAUCGGUUAAAAUAUUAUC